AAAGGUUCGUGUAAUGGCAAAAGAUUGGUCUAAAUAUUAAACCUGAUCAUCUUAUCAGUAUUUUUGUAUCUUACAUUAUUAAGGAAUAGGAAGGCGACAUAGCCCAACAUGUUCCUGCCUGUGUUUUCCGUGCUGAUUUACUCCGGCUGGAUGGUACAAGGUGCGGAAAUAUGGAGUUGGAGUCAUGAAAGUAGUAAUAAAGACAUUAACACCGUGUUGAGAGACGCCUUUGACUAUCAUGAUCAUAAAGGACAGUUCGGUAUCGGAGCUGAUGACUCUUUGUCCCUGGCUGAGGAUCCUGAAAGUCCGGGACAGUUCGUAUUACGGGUAUUUUAUAAGAAAGGUACAUGGUCCGGACAUAGGAGUGAUGGUCAUUCAUGCAACUCUGGAGAAAAGUGUCAUAGAGGGGCUCAGUUUUAUGCGUCACCAAAUGCUAUGUCUCACCACAGCUACACUACUCUCACCCUACAAUACGAGGUGUAUUUUCCCGAUAGUUUUUCAUGGCACCGUGGUGGAAAAUUGCCAGGAUUAUGGGGAGGCACGCGUGAUUGCUCUGGAGGGAGAAUUAGAGACACGUGUUUUUCUACGCGACUAAUGUGGCGCCCUCUUGGUGACGGCGAGGUAUAUGCAUACGUUACACACAAUCAAGAGGGUUCUUGGGACAAUUGGUGCGCUAAAUACGACACAUCAAGCACUGAAGCGUACCGACACAUUCACUGCACUACAACUACAGGUAUAGAAAUGGGACGGGGAGCUUUCAGGUUCCAUCAUCAUAAGUGGCACAAAAUACGUCAGGAGGUACAACUUAACAGAAAUGCAGGCGAGAAAGGCUACAUCAAGUUAUGGGUGGAUGACCAUGCAGAAGUACAUGUGACCGAUGUGAUCAUGAGAGAUAACACUCAUUUCGACAUUGACGGUAUUUUCUUCUCCACAUUUUAUGGCGGCGGAGAUUCAAGUUGGGCGUGUCCUAGAGACACUUAUACCUAUUUUAGAAACUUCCGUCUAUCAACAGAUACAAAGACACCAUCACACAGCCAACUUGUCGGUUAAUAUGCAUGUGAUGUACGAAAAUAAUAAAUAUAUUUUCCUUCUCAA